GGUUUAUCAUUAGUAAAAUCAUCAAAUUUUGUUGUUUAGUAAGAAGCUAAAUUGAAAAUGAGAUACCAGUUCCAUAUCAUGACUUAUUCAAAGCUGCCGGCCUCUAAUUUGAACAUGUUUUGAGCCUUUUGGCAGAUUUCUACCAGCCCUUAUUGCUGUAACAGGUAUGAUAUAGUUAUUGCUCUUUGUAAAUUCAGCCAAUUGGCAUUCAAAAAAUGGUUUAAGCAAAUAACAUUGUCUUUGUUAUUUUCUCCUUGUUUUACAACUCCAAACCAGCCCAUACAGAAGGAAAUCAACCGUAUAUAACUUUAUGUUCACACAAAAUUAAAUAGUUUGCCAAAAAAAUGAGUCGAAUUUCCAUCUGGGUUCUUCCCAUUUUGAUCUUUCUUAUCUUUCCAGUGUCAAAUUCAGAAGAUGAAAAUGUGAGGAAUUCAUUAGUACAGUUUAUGCAGAAAAUUUCAGGAGGAGAAAUGCAGAAUGACCUCGGUUGGAACAACAUAACAGAUCCUUGCAUUGACACAUGGGUGGGUAUCGGCUGUGAUUCAAAGAAUCAAACUGUUAGAAAAAUAGUUCUUGAUGAGUUAAAUUUCACUGGAAGUUUUGAUGCCAGUUCUGUAUGCACAGCCCAGGCUCUAAUUGUAUUGAGCCUGAAUAGGAACAGCAUCACAGGCUUGAUAACUGAAGAGAUAGGAAACUGCAAAUCUCUAACUCACUUGUAUCUAAGUGGGAACAAAUUAUCUGGUGAUAUUCCUAAUCCUCUUUCCGAGCUGAGUAACCUGAAAAGGCUUGACAUUUCGAACAAUAGCUUCUCUGGUCAGGUUUCUAGUCUGUCUAGGAUUUCAGGUCUGAAGUCCUUUCUUGUUCAGAACAAUCAGCUUAGUGGGGCUAUACCAAAUUUUGAUUUCUCCAAUCUUGAGUUUUUCAAUGUUUCCAACAACAAUUUCCGUGGCCCGAUUCCUGAUGUCAAAGGCAAGUUCAAAAAUGACAGCUUUUUAGGUAAUCCUGAAUUAUGUGGAAAGCCACUAUCUAAUGCUUGUCCACCACCAGUUCCUCCUCCAUCAGAAAUGGAACCAAAACGUUCAUCAAAAAAUGGAGUUCUUAUCUAUUCGGGAUAUAUAAUUCUUGCCUUGGUUUUGUUUUUAUUAUAUGCUCUUAAACUACUUAGUAAACACAAGCCUAAAGCAGAAAAGAUUGAUUCGAAGGAGGUAGGAGUGGAUACUAGCAGCAAACCGAGUGGUGCUUCAGGUGAAUCCAAACCCGCUGGGAAUCAAUCAUCACAGAACAGAUCAGAAUACUCAAUUACAUCAGCUGAAAGUGGAGGAACUUCAUCUUCACUUGUACUUCUUACAAGUCCUUUCAUGAAGGAGUUGAGAUUUGAAGAUUUGCUUCGAGCUCCAGCUGAAUUGCUUGGCAAAGGAAAGCAUGGAAGCCUAUAUAAGGUCUUACUCAAUGAUGGGAUGAUGUUGACUGUGAAAAGGAUUAAAGACUGGGGCGUUUCUAGUGAAGACUUCAAGAAGAGAAUGGAGAGGAUACACCAAGUGAAGCAUCCAACAGUAUUGCCUCCAGUCGCAUUUUACUGCUCCAAGCAAGAGAAGCUUUUGGUGUAUGAAUAUCAGCCUAAUGGCAGUCUCUUUAAGCUUCUCCAUGGAUCCCAAAAUGGACAAGUAUUUGACUGGGGAAGCAGACUGAGUGUUGCAGCUAUUAUUGCUGAGACAUUAGCAAUUCUGCAUCAGGAACUCCGCGAAGAUGGAAUUGCACAUGGGAACUUAAAGUCCACAAACAUUCUGUUUAACAAUAACAUGGAGCCUUGCAUUAGUGAAUAUGGUCUAAUGGAAGUUGAAAACCAAGAUCAACCAUUCAUUUCUCAAACUACCAAACACAAUACUUUAAGCAGAGACCAGAUAUAUAGUACUUUCAAGGUUGAUGUCUAUGCCUUUGGUGUCAUUCUUCUUGAGCUUUUGACAGGAAAGCUAGUCCAAAAUAAUGGGUUUGACUUGGCUAGAUGGGUGCACUCAGUGGUUAGAGAGGAAUGGACAGCAGAAGUUUUUGACAAGGCCUUGAUAUCAGAAGGUGCAAGCGAAGAAAGGAUGGUAAACCUGUUACAGGUUGCAUUGAAGUGCAUAAAUCCUUCUCCGAAUGAAAGACCAGUUGCUGCUCAAAUUGCUGUUAUGAUAAAUGCAAUAAAGAAUGAAGAAGAGAGAUCUAUAAUCUCAGAACCAUGAUUGAACAUGCCUUAAAGAAUACAUUUGUUAUCAGGGAAAAUGUUUAUAUAUCUGCACCAAAAAUUUUAGUUUAAAAUGCAUUGGAUGAUAUAUUCUUUCUUUCAAGUGAUUUUAUUAUUGUAUUUUUUUCAAGAUACCCCACAAUUUUAUCUGAAUUGCAAUGCCUUUCUUUUCCUAA